AUGCUUUCUGAUCCGGUGGUGACACCUGACAUAAUUUUAUUAGAAAAUAGCACCAGGGCGCGCGCUGAUUGGCCAGACGCGGCUAUAGAUAUUAAAUCCGAGGUAAUAAGCACUCUACAAAGAAGACCGAAAGUUUGGCAGAAUCGCAGAAGAUUAGUAAUGGAGCCAGCGACCGACGCGAACGGACCAGUCAGAGGAGCAGCCAUGGAUCACCGCGAAGAUCACAGUACAACUUCUUUACUGGAAUUAGUUCCAAGUCUGGAGCACUCGAUCGUCGGAAUACUCAAUCACAACGGCGAGCUAAACGAGCAGGAUUCUGGUAGGGGCUAUAUAUAUCUUGUUAGGGUAACAAAUCUUCGAAAAUUUUCUGCUCAUCAUUCACAUUAACCCACCUUUAUAAAAAAUAAAUUUUCUAAUGACUUGAGUGAGAGCUUCUUCUAAUUUAAUUCACUUGAUGUCUGCCUCAACAGAUAGCGCUAAGAACGGUUGUGUAGACGGCAAGAGCUCCCCGACAGAGCACAGGAAGAUUGAUACUGUUUCUCUUGAUGAUGAAGAUAGAAAGGCCAGUGAUAGCCAAGGCGUCAAACAGAAGCGCCAUCGCACUCGUUUCACACCGGCUCAACUCAACGAGCUUGAGAGGUGUUUCGCUCGGACUCACUACCCAGACGUUUUCAUGCGAGAGGACCUCGCCGCACGCAUUGGUCUCACCGAGUCGAGAGUUCAGGUACAAACCUUAAAAACCUGCUAUUUAUGAUUAACUCGAUAUCAAUGGGAGAAAAAUAGAAGUUUAAGGAUCUUUUGGUAUAAUGAAGUUUAUGUAACGGUUUGUUUUGCGAUAGAAAACAAAAACGCUCGUUUCGUAUAAAUAGCUCUUAAUCUUUGCCACUUUUACCUUCUAGCGAGCCGUGCGCAAUACGCUGAUCAGUUAGAGUUUAGUAUCUGAUUUCUGUUAAAUGAUAAAAUCGUUUACGCCGCCACCAAUUUUUUCCGGCUAUAAUGAUAUAUUUGUAUACUUUUCCCCCUAAUCACUUUCACACUGCGGAAAGACUUGUACAAACCUUUCACUACAAAGAAACUGUCUAAGGACUUAACGUCAGAGAACGCGCAAUAUUUGCGGGAAGAAAUCAAAUUUUAUUGCUGUGAGGACGAUUUAUUAUUUUUAUCGCGAACACAACAAGAAUUGCCUUUGUGGUAUUAAUUUGGUUUUUGUUUUGAGAUACGCUUUACCGGCGGUCAUAUGCGAAAUAGAAAUGGCACGUUCCUUGCGGCUAAAUUUACUACAGAUAACAAUACUCCGUGUCAUAACAUCUUUGCAUUUAAAAGCCCUGUAUUUGUCCUAUUGGACUCUUAUUUCAGGGAUUUUAACCGUUGGCGUGGCAGAAGAAGGCAGACCGCAGUUUUCUGAAUGUACACAAUGAAUAGAUUAUUAAAAACACAUUCAAUAGCAAUGGCCAAAAUAAACCUAUUGGAAAUUCUAAUGAGGAAGCAUAAACGGAAAAGCUCUUUCUCGUGAUUUUUAAAAGUUAUCUAAGCUAUUAUGACUAAGGAGUGCAAGUGAAUAAUAGACACGGAGAAAGGGAAACUAUUAUCUCGUAACAGUGUGUCGCAAUUGUCAACCGAAGCGUGUUUACAUCGGCCAGAAAUAAUUGCUUUUAAAUUUUAACCAGAAUGGAGAGUGUACUUUCGUUUCUUUGGCUCCGUCAUCAAGUUAAUUGGGAGCCUUCUUCUUCAGUGAUUCAGAUACUCUAUUAGAGUGAAGAAGCUUGUCAAAUUUCGGUUAUCACAGAUUCGUUAUUAAACGAUGGAAAUUAGCUACAACUUGGCUCCAAACACCUGUUUCAAUACAUUUUGUGCUUUGAUCGCAGACAGCUGAAAUUCUUAGUGUAGUUUUGAAAAGUUCGUUCUAGAAACCCUGCGUGGUUUUCGCUCAUGAAAAGCGAAUGUUGUUAUCGCCAUUUGCGGUAAAGUCAUCUUUGGUUCGGCUUUGUAAAUAAAGACAUAUCUUUAGUGACCAACAAAAUUCUUUCAUGAACUGUUAAGGGAAUCUACUUUUUGUCCUACGUAAAAUUGAAAAGUCACUUGUAAGACAUUAAAUUCUCCCCUGGAGCUAAUAGCGGGAUGAUUCGUGGGGCUUCGCGCUGUCUAUCUGAAACAACAACACAAACUUGCUCGUGUCGAAAGAAAACUAUAAGAAAGACAAUGCCCACUGAAUUAGAGCGAACUUGUAGAGCUGGACCGAGGAUCGAAUAGAAAAGCGUAAUUUGAAAGACAAAGCAGACACCGGUGUUUUUUCACGUAAUUAGAAUACCAAGAAGGCGGGCAGGCUCGGCUCUAGAGUAAUUACGUUUUUCAUUUCGUCAAGUUCUUGGCCGCGUUCUUAUAAAAGAAAGCGAAGUUAAGAAGUGGAUUACCUCAAAACCGCCUUGGUAUUAAACCGGGCACGGCGACAAACCGUGUUUACUUAAAAAGAAUAUUUGACAUGGUUUGCAAUCCGCUAUUCAGCGCCAUAUUCUACAUAGAAGAAUGUAGCUUUACACAACAGCUACGGUGUUAAAAUGCAAUCAGGAUAUCCUUACAACUUGUGGUUCUUAUGUUGACUUGCUCGACAAGAAGACUUCACUUCCGUUUCUUUCUCGCUGUUCUCCACCAACGCAGCGAGUAAUGAAAUUAAAGAUAAUUAUUGGACAUGCCGGGCUCGUAUCGCUUUUUGGUUAUUCGCAUUGUAGUAAACGAUUGUUCUGAAAAACUAAGUGAUUAGGAACACAAAGAAACCAGACUUUCCACCACGAUUACAUUAUUUUCAUGUCUUUCCCAACGAGAAACAAACCGACAUUCACUCAAAAUGAAUACGUUCAUGGUAGCAUUUCUAUUUUGAGUAAACUGCAUCAAAAGUUUGGCGUACUGUAGAGGUUUUUCUUUUAGUCGUCUAAAAAGAAUUCUAUAAUUAGGGUCUCAUUUCACCUCAUCAGUACCAAAAUGUGAGGCAGUGAGUAAAUGGAGUCUAUGUUUGAACACGAAUCAUGUUAAUGUAUACAUGUUAUUGAGAAGAGAUGGCUUCUUGUACUUUUUCGGUUAUCGGAUUGUUUCGAACAAAUCGUGGCAAAUUGAAAAUAUUAAGCAGCACUACGGGUGGCCAAUCUUUAGGCGUGUCAGGCCAAUGCAUCGAGCUAUCAGAGCGAGAUAAACAUGUUCGACCCUGACCUGGAGAAAGAAAAAAACCAAAACAAUUUACUCAAAAUUCUAAGCGUUCAUGUCCAAAUUAAUGUUAUCGCAAAUUACGAGGAAAUGCGACCAGAAACAUUUGAUGUAACUUAAAAAUCAAUUUCAUUUAAAUCUGACGCCUGUACUUUUCGUUUAAGUUCAACUGCUAUUGACACAAAAAGUUUGUUCGCGAAGACGUUUAUGGCAAAAUUGCCCGCUGGAGUUGAGUUUAAGGGAUUUGAUGUGUUGCGACAAGUCAGACACGCGGCGGUAUCGCACGCCCAAGCAAUACUGUGAGUUAUUUGCCGGGAUAUUUUCUGAACCAUUGUACAAAAUAUUCUAUAGCGGUCGGCACAUUGGCGGCACGGACCUCUGUUUGCUUUAGAGGUAUCGAUAGGUUAUGCCGGGUUGAUCAAAGUGCAAAAUGAAAACAUCAAGUCUUUUGUUUGUCUUUCUUUUUUUCUGGCAAAAUCAAAAUCGCAAAAAGGAAAAAAAUUGGACUAAGCCCCUAUCAUUGCUUAGAAGAGCAAAUCUUUGAGUACCUCUAUUUCUUACACCAUUUGCUAAACUAUAGUUUGUUAAAGUCAAUUAAUUCGUCUUUAGUUUCAUCAAUAAGGACCUGAGAGCGGUGUAUAUCAAAGAUUUGAGUUGGUGAGAAAGUGACCUGCCCAGCCAGAAAGAACGUUACUAUAUGUUCAGUUGAGGUUAUUAAAAAGAAGCCCCCUUUGUCGGCAAAACACCGUAUUCAUUGUCACAAAUCCAUAGCAGAGGUAAUCGAAAAAAUAAUUACAAAUGGUUGAGAUUUGAGUAAGGUGGGAAAAGUACAAAGUAGAAACGAUGAAAAGCAUGUACACUUGCCUUCGACUCUAUACGAUCAUCAUCUGAUCCAGAACGAUAAUAUAUAAAAAGUUCUAUAGCUUUUCAAAGAACAAAGCGUCCAAAACAUACAAAAAUAUAAAUAUUGAAUCUCUGUUGGUGUAUCAUAUUAUAGAAAUAUAAACUGUAAGUUAACCAACAAAGAAGAGAAGCGAUCAAAUUCAGCCCCGGAGGGUAAAAAUCAUUAUUUAACAGCAAUAAAUUUUGACGGAAGUUAUGUGAGAAAGGGAAGAUUUCCCGCCUUCUCUAUCAAAGCUAUAAUGUUUUUUUUAAACUUUCAAACAAAAUAAUAAAUGAGGGUGCGUUUUGAUUCUUUUUCUCAAAAAUUUCUGAGUGAAAUCUGACAUUGGCAGCAUAUGCUUCAAGAACCGUGUACAGGGAGGCGACGUGGUGUUACUUUUGUCAAAUAGGAACGGGUACCAGCUCAAUUUGGGACAUUAUCACAGCAUCAAUCUUUGUCAUGAUAACAGUUUAAGUUUUACAUUUUCUGCGUUGAUAAGAUUUUCUGAGAAAACUUUGAUUUCCCCUAUUCAAAUAGCAGCUGCGAAUUCAAGAAAAUAUACGACGACUUUUUGAAGGGGUUUCAGGGCCGGGGCAUAAAGGAGAAGCAUCUGUUCUCGUUGGAUCGUCGGUUUUUCCUUCGGGGCGUUUAUCUCAAGUACUUCUCAAGCAAUAGGUUAGGAUCUGAGCUGUGUUCUACAUGUGCUUUUUUGGGUCUGUUCAAACAAAAGUAUCAUUUUAGUUUGUUAACUUGCGCUGACAUUAAUUUUCUUUAUCCUCAAAUUGGAGCCUUGUUUAUCUGAUGGAAAUAGUUAACAUUUAACAUGCUUUUUCGAAUUCCUUAGUCAUGUGUUUUUGUUAUAAAGGUAAGCAGUGUUUCCUUCUAAUUCAAGUAUUUUGCUUUCUUAUUUUUGCUGGUUAGGCCCAAUACAAACUUUAUCAAAAUUAGCAUUUUUCUUGUUUGUAGACGAAAUUAAACAACCGAGAUUUGUCGGCGAAAUAAAAGCUAACUAUACUUCUGUUUAAGCCGUAUUGAACACAGAAUGAGAAACACCAUCUCUUUAGAAGAUGUGAUGGCUGAGAACUUAUUCCUUGUUGUGAGCAUCCGAUGUUUGUCUCAGGCUACUUAUGGGCCGAAAAGAUAAAACAACAUUUAGUUUGCUGAGAUUCUCGAGCUUGUUAAAUUUCAAGUGACUUCUCGCAAAAUGCGAAAUAAUUGUGUGCAAAUCGAUAUAAUCAUUUUCCGACAAUGCCGCGAAGAAGAUUAAUUAAAAACUUCACCCAUGUGUUUAAACAGCUUUAUGAGCACAAAUUUUGGCAGUCCUAGUUUCCUCUCCAGGGCAGAAUUUUCUCGGAAAAGGAAACAGCAAUUUGAUUUUCGCUACCAGAGGUUAACCAUCGAGAACAAUUGUUUUAUAUCCGUGUCAUUCAGCUAACAAUUAACAAUCUCAAUUUCCACCUCGAUUGGGUCAUUUCAAAAGGUGCAGUUUUCAGUCCUUGUCUUAUUAAAUUUUACUGUUUUCCAAAACAUUUUCAUGCGGAAAAAAUAAUUACAUUUAGACAUUAACACUGUCUUCAUUGUUGAACGGAAACGUUUCCAUCGGCUCUCUCUGGACUGAAGUGUUCCGAUUGCCACUUUUCAAUAAAGACAAAUGUUGUAUAGAUAACGUUCUCCGCACGAGAACUUUGGGAAUUUAUUUCAGAUAAGUGCAUCUGUAGCAAAUUAGUUUUUUUUCCCAUGCGCUAUGGAAAAAGACCAAUAGACUAAAUUGAGAUUUCAUCUGGCGACGCUAUCAGGAGGAGAGACUUCAAUAGUUAUAACCAAUAACAAAAAGGGGGCAAAUGCAGAUUUUUCCAAACACGAAAUAGUUUUGACAGUUUUCAUUAAAUUUAGAUUAGAGAAUUUAAUUGGCAACUAUCAGUUAAGUCAAUUGCAGAAAUGGAAAUUGUAAUGUAUAUUAAAACAAUACUGGUUACGAGAAGAAAAACAAAAACGAAAACCAAGCACUCAUUCAUUUGAGGAAAAAAAAAACUUCAUCUUAAUUGUUAUGGUGAUUUAAUUAGCAAGUAGCGGGAUCGACCCUGAAACGAAAACCCCUUCUAAUAACUAUAAGUACGAAAAUGGAAAAGAAAUCAUGCAAAUGGUUUUUUUUUUUUUUUAUCAUAGUUCGGAGGCUUGUAAUGAGUAGCAAAUCUCAAUGCAUUAAUAUUGCAAAUUAUGGACUUCUUGUCAAAGCAACAGGGCAAAGAUUGAAAGGCUAAGGCUUGGAUGAUCGUUCUGUGAAAUAAGGUUGCCUCGGCCUCGCUUAGUGGCCGGUAUAAUCUGUGUGGUAAAACAUAAAGUUGCGAAGUCAACCUAUGUAAUAAAAGACAGGUGAAUUUUUUGUUAGGAGGUUGAAGCACCCUUCACAUUAACUUAAAGAAAAAAGCUAAUUGUAUGUAGCUACUAACGAGCCCAAAAGGAACGAAUAUGGUCAAACAUAAAGAAGAUUAACUUGGAUUACAAACAGUGAAAUUGAAAAUUUUAGUGCAUAGACCGCAAAAAUACCCUUUCAUAGAAGAUUAGUUCGUGAUUCUUUCAACGAAGCAUGCAGAUAUGCCUCGCCAACUUUAAGUAGUUGAUUGAAGUAGACAAGUAGCGACAUUAAAUUUUACACAUACUGCGUUCUUCUUGAAAAGGUAACCUAACGGUUAUCUUUCGUGGGAGUUAAAAGCAACUAAAGAGUUUGUAUCACUGGAAGCUCCAGGUUCUUAACGGCCUAAGGACCGAGACUGUAGCUUUCUCUGAGUAAUCAGUAUAUCUACAUAGUAUCAUAAGUUUGGAUGGUGACAAUUUCUGCAAACAGAUAUUCCAAUGUGGAAAAGUUGCUAGGUUUGGCGUAAUUAAAAAUACGUGUUUCACGCAAUGUAAUCGACAAAAUUCGGUAUAAUAGUAAAAAGGAAGACCCAAAGAUGUUUAGAUGAUAAAUUUCGUGCAUUGACGCAAUAGGAACUUUAUCAAUAGAGAGACCAAGCACCUGGAUAGUUCUUACGACAUCUAUUAACUGAUUACAAUAGUGUUAAAAUUGUAAACUCUAUUUAUUUGGUUUUCAGGUUUGGUUUCAAAAUCGACGCGCUAAAUGGAAGAAACGAAAGAAGACAGCUGCAAUUCUUCGACCUCCUGCCCCGAUUCUUCCGUCUCACAUGGCCCAGGCGUACAACCCCAGCCCCAUAGGUGACUCCUUGUGUACUUUCCAUAAUGAUCAUCGAUGGCCCAGCACAAUGGGCACAGCAAUGCCAACGAUGGCUCCAGUCACUACUCCUUCUCUUCCUCUCUCCCCACCGCAUCACCCAUUCGCACAGACUGGACAUGAGGUUCUUCCACAGACAUACUCACAUCAGGGUUCUAUGCCGAGAUCACACCUCAGCAUGUCCAUCCAACAACAGGCCACCCCACCAGCCCAACAGACCUUUCAACAACCGUUUGGCGGAGCAAGGGAGAUGCCCAUUUCGUCUUCGCCUUCUCUACAAGAUAUCCAAUGCAGCAUUCCUAAUGGAGGAGAGUUGUGGCGUGGUUCUAGUAUAGCUUCGUUACGGAGAAAAGCCUUGGAACACAAGGCGGCUUUUACAUAUAGAUAAGUAAAAGGUUCAGUAGCUCCUCUACGAUAUUGACAGAAUUACUGUUGCAAUAUUGAAGCCUAAAUUAGUGCUAGAGACAAGAAGAGAAUCACCGGACACUUCUUGUCAGUUUUGGUUCAAUAUAUUUACAAUUAAGACAUUUUUAAAAUAUUUUAAAUUACCAUUCUCUUUACGUCGGGUUUGCCAAGAGAAAUUUUCACCAUGUUUCUUUCCUUGCAUCUCAAAAAGUAGAUCAUCCCAUAAAAUAUAUAUAUAUAGUAUACUUGAAGUCUUUUUUCAUGAUAUCAUUUGCUGAAGAAGAAGAAAAAGGAAUCAAAAUUCGUAGCCAAAAAGUGUAAGUAAUGUAAGGGUCAUUAACCUUGGACUAUUGAUUUUAUUGUUGCAAAGACACAAAUUCCUCCAUCAAAAUUAUUCAGACAAUUUAUGAAUGUUUAGAUAGUUCCACAUAACACUCGCUCGCUACUUUUUUAAUUCCAACCCUAUUCAAAAUCAUAGCGUCGCAUUUUUUUUAGUUUCUGUCUGUCAGCCAAGCUCACCGGCUUGCCAAGUUUAAUCACAAAGAAACUUUGGAAUGAGUGCGAAUAUUACUUCACAGAAAAGAGAGACAAUUUUUUUUGAAGAGGCUCUUUCGCUCUGGAAUAACACCUAAAGUCGAAUUUUGAAUAACGGCUUUACUCUGUUAAGUCAAGAUUGCACACAUACUAUCACCCCACCGCAAAAAUUUCAACGUAAAUGGAACCAUAGAAAUUCCAGACAACUGACCGAAAAUUUUAGUAAAAAUUUCAAGUAUUUCCCAGGAACUAUAAGGAGAGCUAAUCAUGAGCAAAUUUUCCUCACAAUCUCGAAUUUACUGAGAAAAUUGUGAAACUGUUAACGAAAAGGCGAACUAUUGUUUUAAGCACAGAAUAAGCAAGCUUGAUGGAAGCCUUGUUCUUCUAUCAGUUCAAGGAACACUUCUGUGCUAAAUUUGAUUUCUAUGCUAUUUCAAGGAAAAGCCUGCCGACAGCACAAAAUUCUCAUCAUUUUCCCUAACUUUGCACAUAACAAAUAUUCGUUCAACCCUUAGCCAGAAAAGAUAUUGACAGACGAUAAAUGUGUUAACCAUUCCAUCAGUCUAUUCUUUUACAAUUACGUAAUAUAAUUUCAUUAAGAGAAAAGAAACAUUCACAUGCUUCGAAUUAUGUUUUGGCUAAAACCCUGUAUAUACUGAAAGGACUAUACUGCAAUACUAUCGCUAAAUAUACAUGUAAAUUUCCGCUGGAAACCUGUAUGGUAACAUUAUGGAAAGAUUAAGGUAUUUCUGAGGUAAAUUCGUCAAUCAAUUGAGCCUUCUCACAUCUUAUAGACAGCGAUUUCUUGACACUCAUUUAUUUCGAUAACUGCAGUUGUCAUUUGACAAAUGCAAGCCGAGUUGAUUUCCACGGAGAACUUUUUCAUGGCCGCACUUUAAAAGGACGCUAUCAAGUUUGCGUUUUGAAGUGUUUUCCAGAUGGAAGCAAAUCAAUCGCACGAAUAGCACAGUAUAUUCCGCGCAUAUCAAGGCACCUCAUUAACGACUAUGUUGGCUACUCUCACAUUUUCCUUAAUUUCCUUACAUUAUUUUUGCAGUUAUCGUUGUGCUCAGCUAUCUAUUUUUCUGCUAUUUCAUACAUUUAUUGAUCUCCCAACUAAAGCAACUUCAACUAAUAAGGAAGAAAGCUUUUGCCUUUAUUGAAAAAAAAAAUUAAAUAACAUGACAAACCAUCAAGAAAACCCUGCUUUGUCUCGGUUUGAUGGAAGAAGGGUAAGUCCCAUCCAUGUAUUCCAACCCAUCCUUGCUGCGUAACAUCGCUACAAGCUUGAUCUUUCAACUCUCUCCUUUUCAUCUUUGCGAACUAAGUAAUAGAAGUCGUAUAAAAUGUAACCUGUUCUUGAGAGAGCAUCGCUUUGAAGUUGUUCAUAAACGAUUUGCACCUAGUCGCACAAAUUCUUCAAAAGCAUAGUAACGAAGACAAAAGGAACAUUUUCCCGCAAGUACGUAAGAACAAUAAUUAAUAAAGAUAAAGUGGCUAGAAAGUCAUUAGGACAUGCACACAAUUACAAUAGAUUAUUUAAUUGCUAUUUAAGAUAGUAUAAACUAUUUAAGUUCUUUCUGCCUGUGAUAAAAUCACGGUGCGUAGUUAUUUUUGAGGCAACAUUUGCCUCAGGCAACACUUUGAUUGACGACAGAGCGGGUCACCAAAGACUGAGAGCUUAUCAAGAGAAAUGGUCAAUCCAGCGUGUAAUUACUAAACGAAGUCCAAUUUUAAAUAAAGCUUUAUGACCUGAUGAUUACUGGCUUUGUUUUGGGGCUUAAUGUCAAUCCCAAGAGAUUUUUUUCAAUUCAGCAAAGCCUCUUGAAGGAAACUGGCCGAAUUAUAACCCUGUCGCUUUGUAGCUAUGAGGCUAAGUAAUAACCAGAUGCCGCUCUACGCCAUUUCCUUAAGGCAAAACUAACUUAAAAGGAGACAUAAAGACGCCUAUAUUUCCCUCUUUCCACCGAAACCACAAGUUUUGCGCUGGAUCCGGAGUUACCAAAGAUAAAUGGCCCAUUGACGAAAGAUGUUAUGAUUACGUAUAUACAAGGCCCCAUUCAAUCUGGAGGUUUCUGUGUCGGAAUAUCGUAAAGGUCUCGAUUUAAGGCCUGCCCGCUCAUGUCUGCGGGUUUCUUUUAAAAGCCAAUCUAUUGAAACGUGAGCGUAACAAAAAUAGACAAUAUCCGACUGUUCGAAACACCUAUUCGUACCACACUCGUCAUUCUGAUUUGAAAAGAUUGUUUAUCUUAAAAUCUCCCCAUCUAAACAAAAUCCUCCAACCUAAAUUUCAAUCCUUCAAUCAAAACACAAAUCCAAUGAUACAAUUAUUUAAAAGACGCAGUUCACACAAGACCACGUUUCUUAUUGGCCUUAAUUUUUUUAAUAACUUCAGCGGCACGUUCAGCGGAACUUGCUCUCCGGUACAAUGUAUCGUUGAACUGUCAACUGAGUGAACUCUUCGCCGAGAAUCUUAAUUAAAUUUGAUUUUAAUUUCCUUCUUCAACUUUAAGGCCGCUACUAUAGCUACACCCUCAUUCUUUAAAAUAUCUGCUAAUGAAAAGGGCACUGCUUACAAUGAGUGACACAAUAGUUAGUUUUCCAAUUUAAUGGAAAACGAAAUUGAUUUCGCCUUUGUAAUAAACAGCUAAUAACGUAGGCGCGUUGAAGUGUUUGAAGCAAAUACGUGAUGGAUAAAAUAAAUAAAUAAAUAGGAAAAAAACAUGCACCAACAUACAGAUUGAAAUGAUUUUUUAAGGCUUCCCUGUCAGAAAAAAAUUAUAUGAUAUUUUUCGAUAAGUCCUCUAAAAUCAAUUUCAGACUUAAAUCCUCAACGAUGCAGCCAUCCUUUCAAGAAAAAUCGGACUGCUCCGAAACUGAAUUAUCUUUUGCAAAAUUUUCCUUAUGCUGAUUUAUUUGACGCUUUGCUUGAAGAAUCACGACCUAAUUAGCAUUUUCUUUUUAAGAAAUAUUAUGCCUGAUUUUAAAAGAACUUGUUUUAAUUUACUACACGUGUCAUGUCUGCUGUGCGCAAGCGCAGUUUGCAUGGUUACAGUGUCUCCUCGAAACCGUUAACUUUACUUAGCGAUUUCAAUCCUAUUGCCACCUCGGGAUUACCAAGUCGUGCAAUUAAUAGCCACUAAUUACACACAUUAGGCUAAAUUUAAGCUAAUUUCGAGAAAAUCGUCGACCAAAGGCCCCGAAUUUGUGAUCGGUCAUUAACAAGCAUUGAAUGAUGCGAGCAGCCGAAAUCUAGAACUCAUAGAUUUCAAUAACGCUUUAGAUAUUCCUUUAUGGUGUGUUUGCCGAAGGGUUGGUUUAUCCAAUAUCUACCUUUAGUAUGUUUAUAGAACUGUGAUUAGAGUAAAUCACUUAAACACCAAACAUCACACGCAAGCUAAACUCGAGUACUCAAUUAUUUGUCGUCAAAACCAAUAUCGUUUUUAAAACCACACUUCAAAACGUUGCGUGUGAGGUCGAAAUUAUUAAAUUUGUUGCGAAUUCAUGGCAUAGCGCACCCACUUCGACAAUUUAUGCGUCGGAAAGAUGUCAAAAAUAUCUACAAAAACUUAAUCCCAAAUAAGCACUCACAGCAUUCAAAGUGUAAUUUAUUGCGGCGAGGGACGAAAAAAUUAACCUAACUUGGAAACAUCAAGUGCAGAGAGAUAUCCCGGCGUGAUUAUUUAUUGUCAAUCAAAAUAAGCAUCUCUUUCUUUUCCAUCUAAUGUGUGCUCUACAGUCUACCAAGGCUGCGUUCAUUAGUGAUUAGUAAUCACCGCUCUUGUCACUGCUAACAAACAACCAGGUAAUUUCAAUACAAUAUCAGAACAUAGAAAAUAUUGAGUUCUGAAGCGUGAUUGGCUAGCUUUUUGUUAUCUAGAUAUCUUUUGCAUUAUUUCACCCGCCUUGUCCUGUUAAUUCGCUGUUAGCACGAGCGACCGUAGUAUUUUGUAACAACUUGCGGGACGAUAAGUUUAGUCGUAGUUCAGACCUGCUAUAGUAAUGACCAAAAUGAGUUGCCACAUCAAGAGCGAUUCGAUGCCACAGAAGAACGACAUCCAUAACAUCAACAGAGACGGCGAAAAUGAUAACAAAGACCACUUUCUCAGCGAAAUUUUUAAGCGAAAAGACGGAAAGUGUAAUUCACCCACAAGCUCUAAGGAAAGUCACAGCGACCGUGACUCAGAUCUCGAAGACUCAAACAGUGAAUUUCACGGUAGGAGGCAAAUCCUAAGCGAUGUUGAUUUAAAAUGAAUGUUUCGUUUAUUUACGUGGCCACGGACUGUCAAAACAAUCUACUUUUAAUUGAGUAAUCUAAACAACAACUGUUUUUUUCCUUCUCAACAGAUGAAUUCACUGAGGAGUCGUCAAAAAAGAAACACAGGAGAAAUCGCACGACUUUCACCACAUUUCAACUCCACGAACUUGAACGAGCGUUUGAAAAAUCGCACUACCCCGAUGUGUACACUAGGGAAGAACUCGCUCUUAAAAUUGACCUUCCCGAGGUUCGGGUACAAGUAAGUAAAAACAUUUGAUUUUGCCUAAUUUCUUUAUUAUGUUUGUAAGUAGAAUUCAUUACGAAAUUUAGAUAUCGCUUUACCUUUGUUAGCUUUCUUACUGAGCCAAUGAAUCAAACUGUUUUCAUUUUAAUAAACAGAGUCUGCGGUUUAUUUUCCCUGCGGCGGUUCGGAUGCCUGUCGAAUUCUUUUUAAUGGUUAUUUUCAGUAAUUUUCAGCUGCCGGUUCCGUAUGAUAUAAGAAAAAUCAAAUCAACCACGUCUUUGUCGCUCCGAUGAGAAAAAAAAAAAAGACAAGAAAAAGAAUAGAUCUUUUCUUCGAAAUCACGAAACAGCGGAACGGGACAUAUUGUUUUGUACGUGUUUUGUCUUUCUUUGUGUCUUUUUCCGUCUCCUUUGCCGAGUAUGAAGUUGAUUAAGUCCGUACACACCACGUUGCUGUAGUGUGAGUCCAGUCAUUACUUAUUAGGAAACUGUUACUUGAUACCAACCAAAUUACACCAAAAACUUCAAACAAAAACAGACCUUGAAGUUUCAUACUUUGUCUGGAAAAGACCCACUCAUUAUAAACGAACAUUAACGGAAAACAGGCCCAUAAUAGACAGGAAGAUGGUUCUAAUACUAACAACAACCAAAUAUUCACAAACUAAGCACACUAGGCUGGUGACUCCACAACCUAAUACUUUUCCCUCAAACAUACUUAACAAUCACGAUUCAGUUCUGUAACGAGGAAAUAUUUCGCUAGUUGUAUUACUUACUUUCAAUCAAGCCACUGCAAUUUCUGUUUGGCCCUACAUCUCUGAUAAUGACAAAAAAGCCAUUAGUGAGUGAAACCUAUUGCAGACACUUAUUCCUUAAUAAUACGCUUUUUCAGAAUUGAAAACAAUGGCACACAUAACAGGACAACGAUAAGCGUGUGAAAAACGCAUUCUCCGACCGUGGCAAGAAAAAUAGUUUACAGAAGGCGUCAAAAUUAGAAUACAACCCUAAUUAAACUGUCAUCCGAGGCUUUGUGUUAGAUUCGAUGGACCAGGUUUAAAGAAAAUAUUCUUAGACAGCUCGCUUGAAAGACGCAUGGCCUGCGAGAGAUUUUUGAGCGCCAUGAAAAAAGUUGGUGGAGUCAACACGUUCCUGUAUUGUAUAGCGCUACAAAGUUUGAAAUCUUGGCCAGGACAAAAAGUAAGAUCGUUAGAAUUCGUUAGAGCAAGGUGUAUCUGUAGCCAAAACUAAAAUUAAAUCAGUUCUGAACUGAUAACGUUUCCUUUGACUGAACGCUUCCACGCCAAAAGCGUCACCAGACCUAGAAAAUUGCGGUUAUUUUAAUUGCAGUGACAUUAAAUGCAUGUAUGGUUUUUCUCUUUAUCUCUUACAGCACAAUGUAAAGACUGUUUUAAUUUCCUGCAAAUUUUCAAUUUAAACUUUAUCUCUUUGCUAAUUGGGGAAGAACAAUAGUGAAACUCGCGAUGGCAAACAUAUGCACAGAGGAUAGAAAACACCAUUUCGAUGACAUUAAUCUUAAAGUCUCAGCAAGUUCCCUAGCAGUCAAAUUUACAGUAACCAGUCCAAAGAUUGAGAAAGAAGCAGUUUCGAUACCAUAAAUUCACCUUCCGUUAGUGGCGCUAAAGAAGAUUGUAGUAAUUAUUGUUGUCUAACCAUAAGCUAAAUAUUUUAUGCUCCGUUUGUGUAAAAGACGCAAAUAAUUAUCGCUAUCUGCACGCACCCAUCACCUGUGUCUGUUUUUAUUACAUCCGAUCGAGUAACAAAGCACACAUAUUUAGGAAGAAAGCUCCGUCGUUCUUUGAAUUCGCUUGGACAUAAUGCUUCUAAAUCAUCCUUAAAAAAGCAAGGUCAAUAAACAACCAGGACACUAGGAUAUUCAGAGGCCUAAAAAGAACUGGGAAAAUGUCAAUUAUGCCCACACGUCUCUCUUAGCCUCUGAUGUGCAUUAUACCAAUUUUCAAUAUGGUUUUAGGAAUACUGCUCUCCCAACGAAUAACAUUAUUCAAACUGGUUUCAGAAACGACAUACCGGAUAUUUUAAAGAUUGAUAUAACCUUCCCUUUGGUUCAUUGCAGACAUCAAAUGAAAUUUCAGUAUUUUGUAUGGUCAAAAACUGCUUUAUCUUAAUUAAAAACGUUGACUACAAAUGAAAUUUAUCUGAUGGCUCACAUAAUAAAGAGCAGGUGGUGGAGAUUACUUUAUAAGUUCCUGAAAUGUAGUGCUAGUUUUAUCUUAACAUAAAACCAGUGUAACACGUCCUUGGAGUCGAAUUAUUACGGCUUCCUUCUGCCUUCACAUUAACUAUCUAUUCAUAAAGUAUGAUGAUAUACCGGGAUAUUUACCACUCCUCUUCCUUGCUUUAUGUUGGACUAAAGAAUACGCGCGUUGCAAACUAGUUAAUCGUCUGCACUCAAUCAUUUUACAGGUGUGGUUUCAAAAUCGUCGAGCCAAAUGGAGAAGGCAGGAGAAGAUGGAGAUGGCUUCUCUUGAACACAUUCCUCCCCAAACAAUAUCCAGGCCAAAAUUCAACAGUCUUCCCUUUCCCGAUCCGUGGAAGAGCUCCCUAACCUAUUCAGCAGCCUUUGGCGGGGCCUUGUACCCUCCGGCAAAUGUUCCGACAUCUCCGAAUCUCGGUUGUUUCCCAGGAUCGUUCGGUCCCACAAGUUAUGUACCGUUCUCGUCUUAUCUCCCUGGAAUGGGAUGCAUACCUGGUGGACACUCGGGUGCCCGAGAUGAGAGAACAACAAGCAUUGCAUCCCUGAGAAUGAAAGCAAAAGAGCACAUGGAAAACCAUACUUUAAAAGAGUGGUCUGAAAUGCCAACUGCGACGCAGUGAAAAAGAAUUGGUGCAGCGGAUGAGAAUAGGAAACAAAAGUAAAUAGGAG